CCUCUCGGCGGUGCCCUUAAAAGAAGCCCAAAAUCGCUCCCUCCCCGCCCGCUCUGCCUUCUAAGCUGCCCUCUCGGAACAGGAUCCUGCCCUGCCUCCAUUUUGCGUCAGCCUCUUGAAGUCCUCUUUUUAACUCUCUUGUUUUCCAUUUCGAACUUCCUAGUACCUGCUUUCGGGUCCCCGCGCCUCGCCUCUUUCUUUCUUUCUUUACCUUUACUGUACUUUCCCCUUUCUACUGAAUUCAAGAUGCCUGGGGUGAACAAGGGCGUGCUGUUGCUCAGCUUCAAAAAGAAGUCUUAAAGGGGGCUUUUACCGAGUGUUUCCUUAGGAGGAGGCAGAAACAGGCAGAGACACAGUUACAGAAGACUGGUUGAGAGGUUAGCAGCAGCUCUACUCCAGAAUACUGCUUUUUCGGCUCCCAUCCUAUCAGACAGCCUUUCUGAGCAAUGGACAAAAUCCUCUCGUGGUUGAAGAACUUAUGCUCUGGGAAAGAAGCAGAAGAAAGCAACUCGAUUCUACAGAAAAGCUCAAGUGCAGAGGAUAAAGCAUCCAGCUAUGCCAGCAUCAAUGAGGGGGAUUCUGCUGAUGUGUCCUGUGUACCUUUUGCUGGUAUAGCCAGCCGAGACUAUGUCACUUGUCCUACUUGCCAGGGCACCGGAAGGAUCCCACGAGAACAAGAACAGCAGCUGGUGGCCCUUAUUCCAUAUGGAGACCAACGGCUGAAGCCCAGGCGGACGAAGCUGUAUGUCACUCUCACAGUGGCCAUUUGCCUCCUGAUGACAUGUCUCAUGAUGUACUUUCUCUUCCCACGUUCCAUCACUGUGCUUCCCUCUGGACUCAAUACUUCCUCCAUCUCCUUUGACAAUUCUACUUACAGCAUCACCCUCAAUAUGACUAAUAUGCUGAAUGUGACAAACAACAACUUUUACACAGUACAUGUGGCUCAGCUUGCUGUUGAAGUCUUGCACAAGACACUGGUGAUUGGGAAAAACACUGUGAUGACCCAGCUGGACAUCAGACCCCUGCAAGGUUCUCAGAUACUUUACAGCAUUUCCAGCAGAAUCAUGGAUAAUAACACUUACAAAAUUUGCACAUGGUCCAGAAUAAAAGUCCACAAUGUUCUCCUGCACAUACAGGGUACCCUGACGUGCUCCUAUCUCUCUCACUCGGAGCAGCUGUCCUUUGAAAACUACCAGUAUGUGGACUGCAGAGGCAAUGCUAUAAUCCCUGGCAUGUCUUGAUUCUACCGUUCUCCAGGGUGGCACCAUGAACCAGCUGUUAUUGGUGUCCUUCAUCCUCUUCGUUUCUUGUCAGUGAAAUGGCUGCAGCAUAAUUUUUUUUCCUCUCCCCCUGUGAACUGUGUCAGGAAAGCAGCAGGAGUGAGAGAAUUGGCAGCUUUGAUCCAGUGUUAUCAGUUCUGCCACAAAAGAAAGGCUGAGGCCGGGUAUAUCCUUUUGCUGACCGUUUGUGUGUCAAGGGAGCAGCAUAAAUUUAUCCUACCAUGAGAGAUGAUACAAGGAAACCACACGGGAACUGCAGAUUCUGUGAUGGAGCUUGCAUAGACCUAGGGCUGAGGACACUAAUUCCUGGAUCCGUAGGGCAAUGACCCUUGUUAGUGCGGAUUUCUUUGAAGGUCUGGGAAUGGACUCCGUGAAGCUUUUUCCCUUGGUGAACAUUAUUUCUACACACACGCACAUGCACACACUUGAAACAGCAGGAAAGGAACCUUGGACUUUGCACCGUGAUGACUUGAGCAAGCAGGCACUGCUUCACAGUAAGCUCUGUUUUAUAUUCCACUCCACCCACCGGAGAGGGUGCUGGUGGGUCCUCCACCUAUCCACUUCCUGACUGGUCAUUAGAUCAGCUUUUUGCAACCUGUGGCUUCAUGGGAGAGCACACAACACUGAAAAAAUAUUUGAGAUGUCACAGAUACCUGCACAUUGAAAGACUGCUUUUAAAAAUAUAAACUCUUUUGGAUAGAGUCAUGAGGAGAAGAAUAUAAGUCAUGUUGUCCACUCCUUUAGGACAGCGUGGGCAAUCCUCCAGAAUAAAUAUUGUUAUGCAUUGUUACUAGUCCGGGACGUGUGUUUGUAUUAGCUUGUGCACUGUGAAAGAGGAGACAUUGGAUUUUAAAGUAGAGUCGGGAGGAUGUGUGUAACACAGCCUGAUAAGACAGCCUAAAAGACAAAAAAGACCCGUUGGUCACCAGGCACUUCAGGUUCGUAGUUUAUAUCCAAGCAAACCCUUCUUUCUGGAAUCAUCAUUUGUUGUUUGCUCAGUCUUUUAUGGAGAAUCAGUAAUGUUUUCAAAUUGCUAUAGUUUCCAGUUUCCUGAGUAGUUUUUCUGCUCUUCUUUGUCUUCUCUGUUCCAGUUUGUGGCUAAUUUUAUUUAUUGCAAUAAAGGGAAAUGGGAGCACUGUCCAUGGGAGAAUGGCAAAAACCUCUCAAGGAUUUUUCAAGGAUCUUGUGCUUCUAAUGGAGAGUU